AUGCCACAUACACCUCACGACAACAAUAACAACGGCCCUCAAUCCGAUUUGGACAUGAUUGAACACGCAAUGAACAGCAUGAUGCAGGGUGUCUUUUCUACAAUGUUUCGCUCUUUCAUGGAGCCUGUUGUCUUUGAAACCAACCGCAUUCAACAGCUUCCUGAAAAUACACAAGCAGGGAUCGCUAGUGACGACUUUGACGGCAGCGAUUUCAGACGUUUAGCCAACAAGUCUCGCCAACAACGUGGUCUUCCAGAGAUCCCUGAUAACCAGCCAACACAACAACAGCAUGAUAUGAUUCCAGCACAACCACCAAGUCUUUUGGGCAUGAUGAUGGGUGAACAACAGCCGAACUCUUCAAGUGGGACCCUACUGGACCUGUUAUUACCGGAUCAUGAUCGUUUCUUUAAUCGAAGUGUUCAAGCUAUGGACAUGUUUCCUCGUGAAGAUGAAGUUGGAGGCCCACAUCAGACAAGCAAUUGGUCAUUUACUAGUUCGUCACAACGUCGAGUACUGAGACCUGAUGGCACUGAGGAAUCCUAUGUCACUAGCACUAAGAAUGGCGUCACUGAAACUAUCAAGCGUAUCAAGCAUCCCGAUGGCACAGUCGAAGAAACUCGCGAAAGCGGCUCACACAAUAACGGAAUACAGCAAUCUCCUUCAUCAACUUUAUUCAUCACCAACCAAUCCAGCCCUAUCGAACAGCAACAACAACUACCACCCAUCCAACCUAGAACUCCUCAACAGCAGCAGCAACAGCAAGAUGGUGAAGGAGGCCCCUUGUUCAAAAUGUGGAAACGAAUUUUUGGUUGA